ACCCACAACGUCGACAUAAGCACAUGGAUCACAUUCACAUUUGAUUGACUUUUAUUUCCCUCUUCCAAUCCUCAAUUCCUCACACAGUCAGACCCAUAUUCAGAUCUAUCUAUCUCACUCUUCUUUUCUCCUUCCAAAUUCCACCCAGCAAUGGCUCUCUCCUUGCAACGCUACACUUGGUCAGAUGAGUCCAACCGUUUCGCUCAAUUCUUGAAACAAAGAAUUAGCAAAGAAAAAGAGAGAUCUAUGUUAAUUGCAAUAGAGAAGAUUGAUCAUUUACCUGAAAAUCUGAUAAUUGAGAUACUGUCAAGGCUAUCAGUAAAAGAUCUGUUACAGUUUAAGAGUGUUUGCAAAUCAUGGUAUGCUAUCAUUUCAAGCCCGAAUUUCGUAUCCAAACAUCUGAAUAACUACUAUAACAACAACAAUGAUUGGCGCGGUUGUCUCCUUGUUCAAUACUAUGUUACACAUGCUGAACUCCAGUUAUUUGAGUUGUUAGUAGAUGAUGAAACUCCUCGAGUUUUAGCUGAUGAAGUGUUAUACAGUAUGCCUAUGUAUAGCUCUUACAUUUGCGGUCCAUGUGAUGGUUUGUAUUAUGUGUAUCAGUACGAUUCUAGUGGUCGUGCUUUAUGGAAUCCUGCUAUUAAUGAGUUCAAAACCUUGCCUAAGAUAAUCUGUAAGCCUAAUCUUCCAUCUGAGUUUAGUUAUGCUCCGAGUGAAGUUUAUGGUUUCGGGGUUGAUCCUGUUACUGGUGAUUAUAAGGUUGUUGUUCUGAAAGGUUAUUGGAAUGAUAACGAUGAUAGUGAUCUAAAACAUCCUGUUUCAGUCCUUGUGUACUCGUUAAGGACUAAUUCGUGGAGGCAUUGUGGAGAUCUGGCUAAAGCUUAUGACUUGGAAAGUAAUAAGUGUUACAUAUAUGUGAAUGGAUGUUGUUACUGGUUUGGAUCACUUGAUUAUAGUUCAGAAGUGAUCAUUUCAUUCGACAUGGGUAAUGAUGUAUUCAAAGAGAUUGAUGUUCCAGACUAUGCACAACCGAGUUCUAAGUGUCUUGCAGUAUAUGAUGAUUCUCUUGCGUUUCUGACACUUGAUGAUACUGAGAAGAAGUUUGAUGUUUGGAUAUGGAGUGAGGGAUGUUGGACUAAGAAAUUUACUGUGGGGCCGUUUCCUGAUGUUCGGAGUCCUGUUGGUCACUGGAAGUGUAACAGAUUGUUAUUGGAAUGCGAGGAUGGUAAGCUAGUGUUAUUUGAUCCUGACACAGAAGAAAUGAAGGAUCUUGCGUUUCAGAAGGACAAGUGGUGUGAAGGAGUGUUUGCAUACAUGGAAAGUCUGGUUUCGAUCAAAAAUAAGAACGAGGCAGGGCAACAGACUGAGGAAAAUUGAAUCAGAAAAUAACCAAGCUAAGUUAUUCAUCAUCCUCUUCAACGGCUUCCUAGUGCUGAAGUGUUGUGUGUUUCUAGUGGAAUAAAACCUGAUCAGAGGCUGAAGGGUGUUGUGUUUUCUUCGUCUGGUAAUAAUUCAGAGGAGUGUUAUGUUGUUUGACAUUGGCAUAUGGAGAAAUGUCUUGUAUAAUUAGAGGUGUCUAUUAUGUGUUAAAUUAUCUGCAUUUUGUUUAAUUUGUACUCCCAUUCACUGAAAUAAGAGCUUUGUUGUUGUAGUCUUUA